AUGGCUGACACGCGGGGUCGUGCAUCGUCUCCAAUACGAGCAAGGAACCGUUCUCGAGAUCGAGAACGAGAAAAAGACAAAGAACAGGAAAAAGAGCGAGAAAAAAAUGACCAGAAGCCUACGAUUGAUAGGGAAAAGGUACAGAUUAGAUCGUUGUAUUUUGUUCCAGAAACAACGAAGACGAUUCAAAAUUAUUGCACUUUUAUCAACCGCGUGUCUUUGUUUACUCGCAGACCUGCCCGCUGCUUCUCAGAGUGUUUUGUAACCAAGGCCGACAUCACAGGUAAGAUUGAAAUAAAGCCGCUUUUUGUAUCUCGUAAUCAGAGUUUAAUGUCAAACCUCUUUGAACGAAUGCAAUCUGAUAGUCCUUUUGUGUGGGUUAUUUUUUUGUCCCGCAAAUUAGCAAACGAACUGAGUUGAAAUUAAGUUUAAAUAGUCCUGUGUUCACUUACCAGGCAAGUUUAAUGUAAUUUAAGGUAGAUACACUUCGUGGUAAAUCGCAUUUUGCUGAAUAGUUUGGAAUUAUUCUUUUUUCUCUCAAUUUGCUUCUUUACUACUUUACUUUACACACUGGUUUAUUAUUCUUGAUCCUUUCCUCGAGUUUUUUCGACUCUCAAGCUGUGUUUUCAGCUAAUUGGUGAGUGAAUGUGGUUAAAAAGCUCUGGCGGUCAAUAAAAAUAUUUAAGUAGGAUUCAUUUUUUGUCAUCCCUCACAAGUAAAUGGAUAAAACAUCAUGUGUCUUGCUGUGCUUUUUGCUUGAUUUGCAAGAGGGAAGUCAUACCUUUGUUUAUAGACAGUUGUUAUUGUAUGUUAGUGAGGAGACAAUGGUUCCCUUUUUUUCAAGGCAAAAUGCUUUCUUUGGCCUGAUCAAAACUACCUGUAGGUUGAUCACUUGUGGCUUUUCACUGUUUUCAUGUUAAGGUGCAUUUAUUUUUCUUUUGUUAAAUCUACACAAGGUCAGUGCCUAUAGCUUAAGAUCUUCAAUUGCGGCUGUCCUUUUCUAUUCCAAGAGAAUCAGGAACAUUUCAGCACUUGGCAGCAACUACUUUUCAUAAGUUCCCUGUAGCUAUCAGAAACAUAACUGAGUACAAUUCCUUCUGUUGUAGUGUGAAGAGACAUCUUUUAUGUAAGGAACUUUAAGCAGCAAAUACAAUUGUUUUUCCUUUUUUAUGUAUAUUCUUUUUUUAGAGUUGAUUUAUAGUGUAUUAAUUGUAGUUGAAGAACCUUACUUUGUUGGAUACUCUGCAAUAAAUCAUCAUCAUUAUUAUUAUUUAUGAUAACAUCAGGUUAGAUGAAUAUUCCAGGACAGCUUUACCAUCAAACGAACUCCAAGUGUACACAUGGUAGGUUAAUUUUGUGCUUUGUUACCAGAAGAAUUGUGAGAGACAUGGUAACCUAAAGGUUAUUGCACUUGAGUCUGUGUCAAGGUUUGGGUUCAAGACCAGGGCGGAUCAUGGUGUUAUGUUCUUGGGCAAAAUACUCGUCUGUCACAGUGCUGUUCUCUACCCAGGAGUUGAAUGGGUACUGGCAAACUGUCAGGAUAAGCUGAUGAAAUGCUGGUGGGUAACUUGGUGAUGGACUUGUAUCCUAUUCAGGGGGGAUUGGUGAUACUGCAAGGAAAACUGUAAUAAGCUCUAGCUGGGUGGAUCACUUGGCUUGAGCACAGACUUCAUCCUUCUACAUGUGAUCAAUACGCAAACAUGUUUAAAAUACCAAUAAUUGUAGGAUUAUUAGGUGGUGGUCAUAUGUGCUUAAAAGACAUGCUAAGGGUUAGGUGGCUGUGAAGUGAUGCAAAGAUAAUGAUGAAGGGUUUGUUGCAAAACAAAUGGAAUGCAUACCAGUUCAUUAUAUAGUCUCCUGUUUAUGCUGUGGUUGGGAAACCUCAAAUGCAUUAAUCUUGAUUUAUUUUGUAGAAAUCUCUCUAGGUACCAGUGGAUGGAAUCAGAGUGUUUCUGUUUUGUGAUAACAUUGCUUAUUUCUACUUCAUUUUAGGAAAGAUGCAACUUUGAAAGAGCUCAUGAGUCUUGUCAAGGAAGUCAAUCCUGAUGCAAGGCGCAAAGGCACAAUAUUUGACUUUGCCAUUGUAUUUCCAGAUGCUCGUCGUGGUGGAUUCAUCAUGAAAGAAAUUGGUUCAACUGCAGCAGGGCGUAAAGGGGCUGAUGACACUGUCACACUAGAGUCUAAAAAGUUUCAAAUAGGAGAUUUCAUUGAUGUUGCUAUUCAGACUCCAAGGAUGGCAAGGAGAGAUAGACCCUAUUGA